UGACUCUUUGUCGUCGCACACAAAUGGCGUCUUUGCAGAUGUUUGCCCUGCCCAUAACCUCAAAUCCCACCCCGGUCUCCAUCGUGGGCGAAGUCUUCCGCACGUGGUAGACUCCGACUAACGACAGGUGGCUCCGCCCCUUGUGGGCUGGUCCACGCACAGAGUGGGGGGAAUGAAUUCAAGAAGAGGGAAGAGCUAUUAGAGCUGCUAUGGCGGCGAGUUGUUUUCGAAGGCGUAUUGCUGCACAGCUUUCAAAUGUCCUAGAGAUGCCACCAGAUAAUUUGAUGAAGUCAAUACAUGCUAUUCCAGUAUCAAAAAAGAGGCAAGCUGCUGAUUUCCAGUUCUUUGUGAGUUCCGUUCUUGAUGCCAGCAAGCUGCCUAAGUCAGAUAUUCAGCUUCAGACCCAGAGGCUGGCAGAGCAACUCAAAUGUGACAAUGUUGUGAGUGAAAUCAGCACAGGUGAAGGAAGGAUAAACUUCACAAUAAAUCGAGAAUUAUUAGCAAAGUCAGUGUUGCAGCAAGUGUUUCAGGAUGGCUCAGAGUAUGGAAUAAAGAGUGAGCUUUUCUCAGGAUUGCCAAGAAGAAAAAUUCUAAUUGAGUUUAGUUCACCCAACAUUGCGAAGAAAUUUCAUGUUGGACACUUGCGUUCCACAAUAAUCGGAAAUUUCAUAGCCAAUCUCAAAGAGGCUAUUGGACAUCAUGUUACAAGAAUGAAUUAUCUUGGAGACUGGGGCAUGCAAUUUGGUUUGUUGGGAACUGGCUUCCAACAGUUCGGCUCUGAAGAGAAAUUAAAAUUGAACCCUCUGCAGCAUCUGGUUGAGGUCUACGUAGAGGCUAAUAAAGCAGCAGAAGAAGAUGAAACUAUUAAAAAGAUGGCCCAAGAUUUCUUCAGAAAACUGGAGGCACAUGAGGAAGAAGCAUUGUCUUUGUGGCAACGUUUUAGAGAUGUCAGCAUUGAAGAAUAUGUCAGGAUGUACAAGCGUCUAGGAGUGUACUUUGAUGAAUAUUCUGGAGAAUCGUUCUAUCAGGAGAAGUGUCAAGAAGUUCUAAAGAUGUUGGACACAAAAGAUCUCCUUAAGAAAACUAAGGAAGGCACAGGAAUAGUGUACCUUCCUGAAAAAGGAGACCAGUCAUAUUCUGCUGUAGUGCGUAAUGAUGGAACCUCUCUCUACAUAACAAGAGACCUUGCUGCUGCCAUAGAUAGAAUGGAUAGGUGUUAUCCUGAUACUAUGAUAUAUGUUACAGAUAAAAGCCAGAUCUCUCAUUUUCAACAACUGUUCCAAAUACUGAAGUUAAUGGGUCACAAAUGGGCAGAAAGGUGCCGGCAUGUGCCAUUUGGGAGAGUUCAAGGGAUGAAAACACGAAAAGGAGAGGUGGUUUUCCUUGAAGAUGUUUUGGAUGAAGCUUCCUCCAUGGUAUUAGAAAGAAUGGCUUCUACAAAAACAACAAAAGAACUGGUCAACCCUCUUGAGACAGCUCAAAGAGUUGGACUUGCAGCACUAAUAAUUCAGGACUUCAAGGGUCUCUUAUCAUCUGACUAUCAGUUUAGCUGGGAUCGUGUUCUCCAAAGUCAGGGUGACACUGGUGUCUUCGUGCAGUAUACACAUGCCAGAUUGCACAGCCUAGAGGAGAAGUUUGGGAAAGUCAGUCAAGUCUCCCACAUUAAUCCUGCAUGUUUACAGGAUCCACAGGCUAUUUCCUUAAUACAGCAUCUUCUCAGAUACGAUGAGAUUCUUUAUCAGUCUUCUCAAGAUCUUCAGCCCAAGCACAUUGUCCUCUAUCUUCUGGCACUCAGCCGCUUAGCAGCUGUGGCUCAUAAAGUGCUGCCUGUGAAAGGCAGUGUUCCGGAAUUAGCAGAGGCAAGGAUCUCUCUGUUCCAAGCUGCACGCUCCAUUCUAGCUAAUGGAAUGAAACUUCUAGGAAUCACACCUAUAACUAAAAUGUAAUGAGAAGAUUUCUUCAAUGCCUGCUCUAAAAUAUAUGUGUUUCAAAGACCAGAAGUUGUGCUGAGUUGUCUUCUCUCUUGCUCAGAGCUAAAGAAUUACUUUAAAAAAUUAAGGAAUCUCUGUGUGCCCAGAGCCCUCUGGUUGUGCCACUAAGCAAACCCUGGAACAUACCAAUACACCGUCAGUAUUAAGACUGCCAGUACUGUGAUGCUUUUAUAUCACUCUGUAGUUGUUGGGCUUGUGCUUUGGUGGUGCUCAAUCUGUGGAAUGACUGCCUGAAAAAACCCUUCUGACUCUGCGGGAUGGGCAGCUGUUCUCUUUCUCUCCUUUAGAUACCCUGAGCUUCUUUGUUGGUCCUCUUAAGAUACUCAGCCUAAACGCUCUACUGGCUGUUGUCUGACUUUUAAGAGAUGCUGUAAGAUGGUGUUACGCAGGAGAGCCCUUAAUGGCGGUCAGAAGUUAUUUACUACAUGAUGAUGCUCUGACUGGAUUUUUUUGUUUUGUUUUGUUACAAGCGACUGUGGCUCCUUUUUUCAGAGGAAAUCUGCCAACAGGGAUUUUCAGGCUUUCUCCCUAAUCAGCAGGGUUUCCCAACCUGCUUCCCUUUGUAUACAAACAUGCAGACCCAUUCUUUCCCUGUUCUCUAAAAUGCCAUGUUAUGGAAGGGAAAGAGAGCCCACGGCAAUACUGCACACCAAAAACUGACUACAGAAACAAAAAGCAGCUUUGUUAUUACUGCAGGGACUUCUUGUUGAUUACCCCUGGCUCACUUCAAGCCUGGGAGGUUUAAUAGCCUGCCUCUUAUGCGGGCAUGUAAUCUGUAAUAGCAGAUUUCCACAAAUAGCAGCAGGGGUCCUUUUUGUUCUACUAGUACGGUAGAACAGCUUCACAUAGACCAAGUAGUUAAGACUAAUUAUGAUCAGUUGGACUCUGCUCUUCUAAUGAUGAAUAGACACGAUGCUUUGCAUUCCAAUCUGAAUGCCAUUGCUUUGUUCAGCUGCAACAAAUUGCUAGAUGUUAUGGCUCUAGUUCAACAGCUUCUAAGAAUUCUUGCCCCCACACUUUUCUCCAAGCCAUCGUCGUAAAGGUACAAAACCAUUUUGAUGCUAUUAUUUCUAUCAAAGUCAAAGAUCCAUAAUUUUCUAGACCAGGGCUCUCGAUCCUUUGGACCUCCAGAUGUUCAUGGACUACAAUUCCCAUCAGCCCUUGCCAGCAUGGCCAGUUGGCAGAGCUGAUGGUAUAGUCUGUGAACUUCUAGAGGGCCAUAGAUUGGAGACCCCUGUUCUAGAUCAAUGAUUCCCCUUGCGCUACAUAUUAUAAUUGAAAAGAAGCUCAACUACUGUAUUCAGCCUACUACCAGUCUUCAAGUUUAGUCCUGAACAUUUUCUCAUGGAACCUAACUGGUUGGUUCACCCAUGGUUCAUCCCAUGAAGUCCCGGAUUUCAUUAGACAUUUUGUUCCAAGAAAUCUGGUGUAAGGAACAUUUAUAUUUUUCAGGUUUUAUAUCUCAUGUCAGCCCUGCGCUCCCUAGCUCUAGGAGAAUCAUACCUAAGAGUGAUCUCACUUGUUUAACUUCUUUCGUUCUUAGAUGCCAUUGACUAGAAUUGGUUUUAGCUCUACAAUAUGUAUUAAAACUUGAAUUUGAGAGCCAUUCUUCAAUUUUGAUUACUAUUUAUAUUUCACCAGGGAUGUCUAUUGGUGAUUAUUCCCUAAUGUAGCAGGACACUGUGUCUAGACAGGGGGCUUCAAACUAUGGCCCCCCAGAUGUUCAUGAACUACAAUUCCCAUCAAUUCCCUGCCAAUUCCCUGCCAAUUCCCUGCCACUUGGCCAUGCUGGCAGGGGCUGAUGGGAAUUGUAGUCCAUGAACAUCUGGAGGGCUAUAAUUUGAAAACCUCUGGAGGAUAUCCUCUAUUCCAGCAGAAUGUUCUGACACAUUUCUCUUGUUAAUGGGUGAAAUGAAUGCCUGUUUAGGAAGUUAAGAACAUAAGAACUAGCCUGCUGGAUCAGACCAGAGUCCAUCUAGUCCAGCACUCUGCUACUCGCAGUGGCCCACCAGGUGCCUAUGGAGACUUCAGUUUCUAUGUUGGCUGAUAGAGACCAAGUACUUAUGCUCUCCCAGAUCGGUUUCAAAUGGGGGGCCUCUACCAUUGACCAUGGUGUAGUACUCACCCUUCUUAUAGAAAAAUGUACCAAACCAUCUAGUGCAAAACUUUACACAGCUUUUAUGAACCUAAAACAGGCUUCUGUCAGACCUCAGGUCCGAAAAUAAUAAAAACUAUAGAUUUGCUCUAAAGUCUUUAUUUCGAUUCAAAAGGUAAACAUAAGCAAAGAUGAAUCUGAAGAUUCCUGCUCAAGACUACUGCCUAUAUUCCCAAGGUUCCCUGUCCCCUGUAGCCAAACAGCUCUCUUGAUUCCCACUACAAAGCCUGGGAACAGUUCCCACUUCCCAGGUGAUAAGAUCGGCCUUUCCAGGUUACGAAGGCAGCCGGCAAAGGAGAGGGUGAGUGCUGGACACCUGCAGAGAUUAAAGCACAGUUCCCCUUGCAAAUGCCCGCCACCCCUCAGCUGUCAGGCACAGGCCUGACAGCUUCAUGAUCUCAAAUUGGGCUAAGGCAACCUUUUCCUUUAGACUAAAGAUCCAUCAUUCAUCAGGGGUUUGCUAUCUGUACUACCUGGCCAAAUAUGGCUUUCAAAGUUUAUGGCUGUAAUUGGUGGACAACAGACUACAAAAAUGGGCCUUCCUCUUGAAACCCUAAUCAAAUGGAUCUUUAUUCUGCACACAGGCAAAUAAAAUUUAAUGUCUUACAAUAUGAUAAACAGAGCAUGUGUUGCAGAGUGCUAAGAGUAUGUUCCUUAUAUUAUUUGGCCCUUUUAAUCUUGAAGACCCUGCCUGUAUAUUGUAAGUUUCUAAUGGUUCCCAAAUAUAGAAUACUAUUCUCUAAGGCAAUACUAAAUGCCCUGCCAUGAGGGGAAUUAACAGGUAGACUUCAAGAGAUUCCUUUCUGUAAGCAGUUUUGUGACUGCAAAUAAGGGAACCUAGAUACGGUCUGGUAUUUCUUUACAACGGUAGGAAAUACAUUGCGGCCUAAUAAAAAUGAAUUAUUAGAUAUAUCCAAAAGUGGAGCCCUGCUGUAAAGCAGGAUCUUGUAGCCAAGUUAUUAGCAGAUCCAAGUGUGGCUUGGGCAACUGCAACAUUUCUGUCAAUGGCAUUUAAUGGCAUUAUUUCUUAAGUUUUAAUUGUGUAAUCCCAAAUAUUUAUAAUUUUACAUAAGCUGUAUAAAAUUGUAAAUGUAAAUUCUUUAUUCAAUUUUGUACAGAUGAAUUUUUGAUAUUAUGUUGUUCAUAAAUGCACCCUUCUACUUUU